CUUUAUUCCAUCUCUGAUUCUUUAUCGCAACACUGACACAACUGCUGGUUUUAAUUGGCUGCUUCGAGUGGAAUUUUAUAUGCUCUUCGAAUCAAAUUUGCAUUACUCUCUUUAGAAACUUUUCCUUUCACUGGCACUCUCUUUAUCGUCAUGUAUCUGGUCCAUUGGUAUGUUCAGCUAUCUGGGGUAAUUGAACUUCCUCACUUGACUUUUAUUCCAUCUCAGCAAAUGGCGUGAAAUUGCCAGAACGAAUAUGUUUAUUGGAUACAUAGGAUGGGAUACAUAGGAUGGGAUACAUAGGAUGGGAUACAUAGGGUGGUAUAAAUAUUCUGCUUUUUCUCUCUUGUCUUGUCUCCCACCAUCUUGUUUACGCAACUCAAAACAAACAAAAUUGGUUUUGUUGAGUGUGCUUUCAAAAUGUCAACUGCUAAGGUAGCCAACUUGCCCAUCUCGUCCAACACCAUCAUCGACGAAUCCCCCAUCUCCUUUCCUGCUGAAGAACUAUUCGAGCUAGAAAAGAGAGCUAUCUUGAACCAAUCAUGGCUCUACAUUGCCCACUCUUCGCAGUUGAAAAAAGCUGGUGAUUAUUGUUCAUUUUCGUUGGCUGGUAUCCAGUUUUUUUUAAUCAAAAACAAGCAAAAUCAGAUCAACUGCUUCCACAACGUCUGUCGCCACCGGGCCUAUCCUGUCAUUAGAAAGGAAAAGGGUUCUUCCAUCAUCUUGGGUUGUAAAUACCAUGGUUGGUCCUACAACACCGAUGGCUUACUCACCAAAGCGCCUCACUUCAACAACGUCGAUGGGUUUGUCAAGUCCGAAAACAGUUUAUACAAGAUCAAUACUCAUGUUACGUCCCAGGGUCUAGUGUUCAUCAAUUUUGAUAGAUCAGCUGAGAACAACCUCCCCAUCUACUCAUUUGAUCAAUUCUUCAACUCGUUUGAGUCAAAGCUAGCUGAUUUCGAUAUCAAUGACUAUACGUACACCACUUCUUACACACUAGAGGGCGACUUCAACUGGAAAGCGUAUCUCCAUUCAAACGAUCACUUCACAUUCAACCAGUCCAACGAUUCACAUUUCAAGUCAAUCAACCAUUUCCUCAAAAACACAGUGCAAUAUAACCCACUGCAACACGAAUCCACCCAACAAUCAACCGCUACUAAAUCAUGGUUUGGCUGGGGCUCGUCGGUUGAAACUAACAAAGUCAGCUCUCCACAAUCAGAAUCCAAAACUGACAUAUUUACUGGCACUUCAUUCAUCCUAUUUCCUCUCUCUUCAAUCAAUGUGUUUGGUCCUGCUUGGUAUUCGUUGAAGAUUUCUCCUGUCUCGCACAAUAAAACCACACUACAAUAUGAUAUAUACUCCAAAAAUGACAUAUCGGAUUUCAAGAAAAACGAAUUUAUCGAAUUUAUUAAACAAUAUGAACUACGCAAGUUCAACCACUGCUUGAAGAUGGCACAUUCAAGCGAUGCUCGAGAUGAGUCCAUUGUGUUUCAACAAACUAAAAAUCACUUUGAGUUGGAAAAUAAAAACGGAAGUCCUAUUAAUCCGGCGUUUGUGGGUGGUAAAGCUCCAUCAAAAACAUCUCAGGAAUUGGAUGAAUUAUGCAAACAGGUUGAGUGUCAA